AUGUGCGAAUUCUUCCCAUCGAGGGACGACAACGGCUGCGUCGUCCGCCCGAUGCCCAUGGUGAAGCUUCACCUCGCCCAACCGACCCAACUGAAGAGCAUCGUCCAACUCCUUCUCACCUACGAAUCAAGCAUCGUCCAACGGCCGAAAUUCGAAGGCACGCAUUCCGUUUUGGCACCGCUACUUCCCGAAGCGGCCAUCUUCUACCUGGAACACUACGGUCCUGAAAAAUAUGCAGAGGUGUUCCUCGGAGAGUUCGACAACCCGGAGAUCAUUUGGAAUAACGAGAUGCGUCGCCACCUUAUUGGCCGCGUCGCCGUGCACGUUGGGGAAUUUUCGCACCGGUUGACGAGCAAUGUCAAGGCCCUCUACUCAUUUUGUCCAAUCAAUGAGGUCGACUAUCCGGAGCUGGAAAAUGAGCUCUUCUGCCACGUCUACUACCUACGACACCUAUGCGAUCGGCAGCGAUUCCCGGACUGGCCGAUUCGCGAUCCGGUUCCUUUCCUUCGGUCAUGCCUAGCCGCCUGGCACGAAGAAAUCGAUCGUAAGCCCCCGGCGAUGAGCCUUGAGGUGGCCUGUCAAACACUUGGACUCGACCCAAAUACCGAAGGUUGGAAGGAUCCGGCUGCGAUCCGACGGGCCUAUCUGAAGCUAUCCCUGAAAUAUCACCCGGAUAAGAAUCCCGACGUGAACGACCGCGACAAGUUCCACCAAAUCGGCACGGCAUACGAACUGCUCAGUUCCGAUAGGAAUAAGAUGUACAUGCCGGACCCUGAACGGAUUGUGCUCUGUCUGCGUGCCCAGAGCAUCGUCUACGGCCGCCAUUUGAAAGAACUGGGCGAGUACAAAUACGCCGGCUACGGUCAGCUGAUCAAGACGAUCGAUCUCGAAGCAAAAGAUGCUCAGUUGUUCCAAAAGGGUGGAGGUGCCCUGUUAGCUGCAGCCAUCGAGUUGGCCAAGUACACGCUGACCAGCUCGCCGCUGAAUGCCGAGCAGUUGAGACGGGAAAAUGGGUUGGAGGCUUUGCAAGUGGCCUUUGAUCGGUGCAGCCCCAUGAUAAAGCAAAGUGCUACCAGUGAAGACAUGCCCGUACAGGUGUGCGAGCAAAUUUGCUACUGCCUGGCCACCGCUUCCCAAUUUGAAGGAUGUCGCUACAAGAUUGCCGAAAUGCCCUCGGUGUUCGACAAUCUCUACUAUUUACUCCAAUUUUCGACCAUCCCGUCCCUGGCCAUUGCCGCAGCCGAUGCCAUCACGGCAAUGUCUAUCGAAACAUUGCUGCAAUUGCAAAUAUUCCAGAAUGGAGCUCUCUGGCAGCUGAUCCCUCACAUUUUCCAUUUCGACCACACGCUUGAUGAGGGCGGCGUCCAACACAACGAAAGCAGCAACAAGCAGGCACAGGCGAAUCGGCUCGGGCGAGCUUGUCUAGAGGCAAUUGCGUCGCUGGCCGGUUACCGAGAAAAUUGCCCGGAAAAUGACGGUGUUCGGCGUAGCGUGCGUGCGAUGCUGACGCCAUAUGCGGCCCGUUUGAUGCGCAACGGCGAAUGUGAUCUGGUCCUAAAAACACUGAACAGCAACACGGAAAACCCAUAUCUCAUCUGGGACAACGCUACCCGUGCCGAAUUACUCGAAUUUGUCGAUCGCCAUCGCAAUGCCGGCAAAAAUUCGAGCGAGCUGUUCGGGGCCGAAUUCUCGUUAACAAUAUACGCAAAGGAGCUGAUUGUCGGUGACGUCUUCAUCCGCAUCUACAACGAGCAGCCGUCAUUUGUGCUUGAUGAUGCAAAAGGUUUUGGCGCCGAUCUGCUGGAGUAUAUUGGGAAACGCGCUGAUGAGUUGUGCGGUGCCCCGAUGAAGCCGAAGACCAACGGAGACUUGAUUGACAUCGAUGUCGAUUGGGGAGCGCCAGUGGGCAGCACCGGCUUGACGGCCGAGAACCGUGUUUUGAUGUCUUUGACGGCGUUGAACCAUGUGCUUGUGGCGAAUCCAGGCGUCGAAGUGCUGUUGAUCGGCCAUUUCAACAUGCUGAAGCGGUACCUCCGCUGCAACAGCCGCCCCGAUCUGCAACGUGCUGCUCUGAAGGUCCUAUCUCUGGCCUCUUCCAACAAGGAAUGUGCUUCGGACGUGGCGACGGUUAGCGUGUGCACGACGCUCUUCGCUCUAUUAGCAUCGAGCCUGAAUGAGCAACCGACGAUUCUUUCCAUCUUGAUCGCUUUCACGUCGAACGGGCAGUUCGUCAAGGAGAUUUUGGACUUUGGCGGGCUACUCUACAUCCUUUGCAUCACUCUACAAGCCAAUCGUGCCGACGUGGCGGGACCCGAAAGACUGCUCUCAGUCGAACUUCUUGCUCGUCUACAAUCCGACAAGCUCACCGGUCCCAGAUGGACUAGGUUCAUCAAUAAAUUCUUGCCACCCAUCUUCUCGGAUGCUCUUCGCGAUUCUCCAAAUACAGCGUUGACGAUGCUUGAUUCCAACAACGAGAACCCGGAGUUGAUCUGGAACGAGGAGACGAGGAAAAAAGUGUUCAACCUGCUGAAGACGCAGCGCGAUGAUUUGAUGGAGAAGCAGAGCAAGACCCCGAGCACCAAAUGGGAUACGACGGAAGUGGCGAAGGAGACUUGGUGUGCUUACGCGGAUACGCUGUCAGGGGAGCUGGUGAUUGCUGGCGUCUUUGUUCGGUUGUACCUCGCGAAUCCUGGUUGGGCGGUGCGCCACCCCAGGCAAUUCUGCUCCGAGCUCAUCGACAAGGUGCUGGAACAAAUGCGGCGCCCCACCAAGGAUCUCACGAUGAUCACGUCUGCCCUCGUCGAGCUGAUGCGCUGCCAUCCGGGCACCGCGGAUUCGAUCCCCGGCCAGGGCUAUCUGCAGCACUUCUGCGAGGCGAUCCGCUACCAGAACGCCGAGUCUUCCCGAUCGGCCAUCCUCAUCCUACAGCAGCUGGCCGAAAAUCAGUACUGCGCCGACGGGCUCUGCAAGCUCAACUGCAUCGAGGGGAUCAAGCUGUCGAUGAAAAAUCAGCCAGCGCUGAUCUGGGAGAGUGCGCACACGCUACGUCUGCUGCUGCAACGUCAAAGUGGCGAUCUGGCCCCUCAGCUUCUAUCCACCGGUUCCGUCGAAUUCCUGUUGGAGUUGCUGGCAUCGCCAAUGGCUGGCGUCGCAAAGGCAGCUGCCGCCCGAGCUGAGAUCGUCGAUAGCCUGAAAGCGGCCUGCUUGGACUUGAGGGUCGGGAUCGAGAUCUCGAAGAAACUCGACGCUAACCCUAUCUGGGCCCAAUACAAGGAACAACGCCACGACCUAUUCCUACCUGCCUCCCGGACACAGGCCAUCAUGGCUGGACCCGGUGGCGGAGCACGACCGGCUGGAUAUUUGACCGAGGGGAUGUUUGUCCCUCCACCAAUGGCCACUCAACCUCCACCGCUGAGCAACGCUCCACCUCCUCUG